AGGCUCAAAACAGCCUAUCAAACACCAAAACACACAAACAAACCAAGAACCACAAAACCCAAAUGGCCAAAGACUCCCAAACCAACUCCACCCAACAAACCAUAGGAGACAAAACUCUCAAAGGAGUAGGAAACCUCAUCAAGCUUCUCCCCACAGGAACUGUCUUCCUAUUCCAGUUCCUCUCUCCUGUCUUAUCCAACUAUGGCCAUUGCUCCACCAUCAACAAGUACUUGACAGGCGCACUCCUCACUGUCUGCGGCUUCUCAUGUUGUUUCUCAUCGUUCACAGAUAGUUACAAGGCGAGUGAUGGGAAGAUUUACUACGGCAUCGUCACGAAAAAUGGGAUGUGGACCUUUUCCGACUCGAACUCAGGGUCAGUGCAGCUCUCUAGCUACAAACUACGAUUUAGCGAUUUUGUCCAUGCAGCAUUUUCAUUGAUCGUGUUCGCGGUCGUGGCACUCAUGGACCCCAACACCGUCAGUUGCUACUAUCCAUCGUUCGAAUCAACCCAGAAGGCAGUUCUUAUGGCGGUGCCACCGGUGGUUGGUGUGAUAUCAAGUUCGGUUUUCACGGUUUUCCCAAACAAGCGCCAUGGCAUUGGCUACCCUCCAACCCAGGCUUCUGACUCUUCUUAAGCAUGCCGAUAACAUUUCCAUGUGUUAUGAUUACUAUUGGGGUUGUGUUGUCCGCUAAAUGGUUUUUAAAUCAUAGUUUGUAUUAAAAAUGUUGGUUUGAUUAUUUAUUAAUUAUUACUGGUUUGUUUGUUACAAGAAACUUUUUUAUUUUAAUCAACUUAUUUAAUAGAC